AUGGAGAAGAAUAUUAUUAUUCAAGAAGGAGUUGAUGAUCAAGAAGGAAAGGAAAACCAUUCAUUGGAUUUAAGCCUAUCACUGUUGAGCUCUACUACGAGUUUUGAGUCUGUUCGACAAUCGAAGGAGACCGAACAACGUGUGUUCUCAUGCAACUAUUGUCAUCGGCAAUUCUAUAGUUCACAAGCUCUUGGAGGACAUCAAAAUGCACAUAAGAGAGAGCGAACACUUGCUAAACGUGUCGACCGGGCUCAUGAUCUCUUGACACAUGAUGAUGAAUAUUAUUCCAUGCAGAGCCAUGCAACAAGGAGUACUGUUGGCAGUAGUGGUUCUAGGGUUCUUGGAAUUCAUGCUCACUCAAUGAUACAUAAGCCUUAUAAUGUUACUGAUUUGUUUUAUCGACGACACGGUUGGAUGGCUGUUGGUCGACCGGCGGAGAUUGGCCGGAGACCUUUGAAUCUUGAAUCAAUUUCUUUUAAGAUGGCCGGAGUUAGGUUUGAUCAACCGGUGUCUGCUGGAGUUUUGCCGUGGUCUGGUGGUGGUGAUGGUGGUGGUGCUAGUGGUGGUGAGAUAUCCGGUGUUCGUCUUGAGGAUUCUCAGAAGAUAGACUUGACUCUCAAGCUCUAG